CCCGACAGCCAUUUGGAGUCAUAUGACCCGCCGCUCAUACCUAAGGUAUCUCCAGUGACAAUCCAAACUCCGCUGCCGCUUGGAGCGUCCUACCAGGACACGCAUUCCCCUCGCGCAGCACCGCGCCGAACUCGUUCGGAGGAUGUACAACGCUGCGAAGUGUCUGCAAGAAGACCUUGGAUUUUAACUUAAAAAAAACAAACCGCACAGACCGUGACUGAAGCGACAGCUGAAAAUUGACACACCGGAAUUACUCAUUAAAAAACCGCGAUGCCAGAGGAAAAAGUCUUCCACCAGCAGGCUGUCCACAGCCCAUUGGAUCAGAAGCAGGCCAGCUCCAUCCCGUGCCAGAACUGUGGAAAGGCCUGCAAGGGGGAGGUUCUGCGCGUGCAGAACAAACACUUCCACAUCAAGUGCUUCGUCUGCAAAGUGUGCGGCUGUGACCUGGCCCAGGGGGGGUUCUUCGUGCGGCAGGGGGACUACAUCUGCACCCUGGACUACCAGAAGCUGUACGGCACGCGCUGCUUCAGCUGCGACGAGUUCAUCGAAGGCGAGGUGGUGUCGGCCCUGGGGAAGACCUACCACCCCCGCUGCUUCGUCUGCGCCGUCUGCAAACAGCCCUUCCCCGCCGGUGACCGGGUGACAUUCAACGGGAAGGAGUGCAUCUGCCAAAAGUGCACACAACCCCUGGCGGCCGACAGCCCUGCUCCCAUCCAGGCUGUGCGCAACUGCUGUGGCUGUGGGAAGGAGUUCAAGAACGAGCAGUCCCUGGUGGCCCUGGACAAGCACUGGCACCUGGGCUGCUUCAAGUGCAAGGUCUGCAACAAAGUGCUCAACGCCGAGUACAUCAGCAAGGAUGGGAUCCCCUACUGUGAGGUGGACUACCACGCCAUGUACGGGAUCCAGUGUGAGAACUGCAAGAAGUACAUCACUGGCAAAGUGCUGGAGGCCGGAGACAAGCACUACCACCCAACCUGUGCCCGCUGUGCCAGAUGUGACCAGAUGUUCGGAGAGGGAGAGGAGAUGUACCUGCAAGGUUCCUCCAUCUGGCACCCUCCCUGCAGACAGGCGGCGCGUUCUGAGGAGAAAAGCAAGGUGACCAGGACCUCCUCCGAGAGCAUCACCUCUGCGCCCGCCUCCAGCGCCUCUGGCUCUCCCAGCAGAAUCAUUUACGCGAAACUGGGAGAUGAGCUACUGGACUACAAGGACCUGGCUGCCCUGCCGAAGGUAAAGGCCAUAUACAACAUCGACAGACCGGACCUGCUGACCUACUCCCCUUACAUCAGUUACUCCGCUGAAGACCGGCAUCCAGGAGAGUCCCCUCAGUUGCUUUCCCCUACUCCGACAGAGGGUGAUGGCGAAAAGUCGCCCCGGCAGAGACGGCCUUCCAGCCCCAGCUCCAACAGCUCCCUGGGAGGAUACGGGCGCUACACCCCCUCCCGUUCACCCCAAAACUACAGCCGACCAGAGAUGUAUGCGGGAGGUAGAUACCCCGGGACUGCUGGGAACUCCUGCUCCCUGCCCCUUUACACGUCCGCUAAAUAUGGCGGUCCGGGGAGCGGGUGGCAGGCUGGGACCUCGGCCUCCUUGCCGGCGUACGGCAGUGGCAGAUACGCCGGGCAUGCUGGGAACUCCGGCUCCCUGCCGCACAACGGCCUGGCCACACUGUAUCACCACGGCUACAUCCCCUACUUCAAAGGGUACAAGCAGGACCCCCUCCUCGAAAAUAAGCCUAGGACCUCCCUGCAUCUCAGUUUGCCCUCUUACGGCAGCGAAAGCGGCCGGAGCACUCCCAGCUUAUCUGCGUACUCAGACAGCAAAUCUCCCUGCUCCACAUAUGUGCAAGCUCCCAAGCAUUUCCAUGUGCCAGACACUAAGAUCAAAGAUAAUAUCUAUAGAAAACCCCCUAUCUACAGACAGCAUGCGUCAAGAGCGUCCUGGCAGGAGGGAGACGAUGUGGACAGAAAGACCAGGACCAGCUGGAUGAUCCUGAAGGACGAGAUAGACGGACGCUCCAGCGCAGACUACAUGGACCCCAGGACAUCGACCCGCAGCCUGCCUAUCCACACCGCCGAGCCCAAUUUCCCCUACAAUAAAUCUGCCUCCUUGCCUGGCUAUGGACGAAAUGGAAUAUACAAGGCUGCCGACCUCGUGGAGGAUGAAACAGACCAGGACUCCAGCUGGGGAAUGAGAGAGUACAAGGUGUACCCCUACGACGUGCUGGCCGUGACGCACCGGGUGAGGGUGAAGCUGCCCCGGGACGUGGACCGCACCAGGCUGGAGAGACACUUGUCCCCUGAAGAUUUCCAUCAUGUUUUUGGGAUGACCAUCGAGCAGUUUGACCGCCUGGCUCUGUGGAAGAAGAACGACCUGAAGAAGAAGGCGCGGCUGUUUUAGCGCGUCGACGCCCAGCGGCGGCCCUACGACGGCGUACUUAGCGUUCACCCCGUCCGAUAAUACACAAAAAAAAAAACAACAACAAGGUAUAUGUGCACCAACAUCCUGCUUCACACCCGCAGAGUCCCCACAGCCGGGAAACGGAGAGGGAAGAAGAGCCGCAGGCCACCCGGAGACCUUGUAACGUUCUCACAACGCUUCCCUAAUGCUGCGGCAACGUGUAACCCACAGCGUUGUGAGAAUGUCCGUUGUGACUCGACGGGAGAGGAGCUGCGCUUGCAUGGCUGGUCACUUGGUCCCUUUCCUCUCUCUCUCUCUCCCUCUCUUCCUCUGUCUCUCUCCUCUCUCUCUCUCCCUCUCUCUCCCUCUCUUCCUCUGUCUCUCUCCUCUCUCUCUCCCUCUGUCUCCCUCUCUCUCUCUCUAUCUCUCCCUCUCUCUCCCUCUCUUCCUCUGUCUCUCUCCUCUCUCUCUCUCUCUCCUCUCUCUCUCCCUCUGUCUCCCUCUCUCUCCCUCUCCCCUCUCUGUCUCUCUCCUCUCUCUCUCCCUCUGUCUCCCUCUCUCUCUCUCUCUCUCCUCUCUCCCCUCUCUCUCUCUCUCUCCCUCUGUCUCUCUCCUCUCUCUCUCUCUCUGUCUCUCUCUCUCUCCCUCUCUCUCUCUCCCUGUGAGGGCCAAAUCGCCCCCUCCCCAACUCCACCCACCCACUCACGCACUGCCCCUGGUCUGCAGAAAUAAAUCCCGCAAGCUUUCUAAAUCCCUGCAUCGGCCUCUUGGCGACCACGCUGAACCCCCUUCUCUUUCAGCUUCUAACAUGACCCGUGCACAGUUUACGUUCUUGGAAACACUACAGUUUCAGUUUACAGCAGUGGAAGACCAAGUAUACUGCAAGAGCACUCUGAGGCCAAAGAGGGACAGGAAACAACUCUUAUUUCUUUUCUUUUCUUUUUUUUGGUAAUAUGGUUAAAGCACCUUACAAGGUAGUUUUCUUCCUGUUUUCAGCCGAGAUUACUCCUCGAACGGAGGAUGGUCUCUCAUUUUCUUUCUUGAGGGCACCUAGAAUCUGGAUGCAGCAUUUCAGAUAAACCAAUAAAUCAAUGAGUCGCAGAGAUGUGAUGGGCUGUUCGGGGCUCAGGACAGCCCCGAACAGACCGUAAAUCACUGUGGGAAAUGACUGGUGAGAAUAGUGUUAGAGCAGCCUCGGCUAACGACACAAAUUGCCACAGAACCAAGGUCUAAGCCGAAUGACUCUGUGUACAAGCCAUGUCUAUGUUGGUCGAAGCCAACAGAAUAAAUUCCAAUUGAAGCCUAAAAUUAUUUUUAUAUUGUAAUACGAACCCAUUAACAUUGCCAUUACCAAAUCCGGACUAAAUUGUUUAUAUUUGUUAAAAAUGUAUUCCCACAGACAUAUUUUCAGGCAUCACUACGCAUACUCACAGAAUCACGUUAGUGCAUUUCUUUGGUUAUUAUUUAAUUUGAGUAAUAUAUAAAUGUGUUUUACUUUUGUUUAUCUUAUAGAGAAUAAACUGUAUAUAUUACAAAUGCAAUUGCCAAUCUAAUUAACCAUUAGCUACUGCAAAUAUGAAACAGUACUUUCACCGACACUGGAUUAUGUGUAGUAUAAAAGGAGCCAUUUUGAUAUCUCACCUGUAACAUUCAUAUUAUUGUUGAAGCGUUACGUACACAACUACAGUAUGUGCUUAAAAAGAGGGGUGGUGAUAUCUUAGAGGUUGUCAUCAUGGAACUCUUCAAAAUGGAAACUGAGUGAAUCUUCGUAAAGAUUGGCAAAAUGUAAGCUCUGUAUCUGCAAUCAGCAAACACGGUGACUGAUCGGUAACGAACAGCCAAAACCAGCUUUGCUUUUAUCAUGUACACAUUUCCUCAGAAAAGGUGAAAAGCUUAACUUACUUUUUUUUUGUUUUGUGAGUCAAAUAUCUAUUUUUCUAUAGCAUCUAGAUAAAGGCUACUUUAUGUGACACGCAACUACUGUGUACAGUAAGAAAUUUACUGGUGAAAAAAACAAUACGGUGAAUACUUUUUUAAUUCCUCACACGCUCACAUAGUUUUCGUGAUUAUUUCACGUUUAUUUUAUUUUUUAAAACAGAGCUAACAAUCUGGCUUCGUAUUAAAACAGCCUAUUAAAUAAGCUACACCAUUUACAUAUUUUGAUUGCUUUUUUAAGUGCUUUAUUGAGUCCACAGUGUAUUCGUGUCCCAGUGAAUGUCAGCAGCCGUACUGAGGUCUGAUUGAUUUCUGUAUGCUGGUGGAAGAGUCGUUGUCCAGUUAGCGACAGUAGUAGCGCAAAGCGCUACCACCGUAACUCAUAUAUAGUCGAGUGAGUGUCUGGGGUCGCAUUGCGCCCAGGGAAUGUUACAGGUAUGUUGUGUUUUUGUCGUGUCAGGUGGGGAGAUUCGACACCCCUCCCCGCCUCAACUGUGUUUUGGGGUUCACAGUUUUUCUGUGGAGAGCCCCUCAGUGGUUCUGGGGAGGGCGGUGAGGGGAUUAUGCUUGCGUUAUUUGAACAGCUGUAGAAACAGGAGUAUGUAAGGUAUUAGACUAAAGAUGCAGCCUUUGCCAAGCCGAGUCACUGCACAACCAGACCCCUUUGAUCGCCCUUAGCAAAACACACUUCCCUCCCAGAGAAAAUAGCUCUUGAAAACAAGACCAUUUAUCUUUGAGAUGAAGAAGAAAAAUAUAUAUGUAUGUAUGCCUUGCUUUUUAAUUUAAUUUCAUAAUGUUUUGGAAAGAAAAUGAAUUCACUACAGCAGUACAAGAAUGUCACCUGGUGUUUUUUUUAUUUCAUUUGGGGCUAAAAUGGCGUUGUAAGUGUCCACAGCUGUUUCUGGAGUAAAUAAUAGCAGAAGGCAAGUUUUGCAAAGUUCCUAUAAUGAAUGCUUUAAUGUUCAUAAAAAUAUAUUUACAGUUAUGUUAAAUAAGGUGACAUAAAAAUGAAUGACACACAGGCUAUGAAAUUGCUAGCAUUUACUAAAUGCUUUUUUGUACUUUGCCUUCAGAUAUUUACCUUUUUUUUGCCAAUCUGUCUUUUGAGAGAAAUGCAGAUAGUGAUGCUAGUUCUAAAGAAACUGUGUUGGCCUGCUCAUAACACAGAAUUUUUAUUUUGUGUGAUUAGAACAACCCGUGUAACCACCGGAUGCAACAUUUGGUCUAUGCUGUGAAUUUUUGAUGUCCUUGUGGCGAAACAGCAUGGAGAUAAGGGUCAGAUUCUGCUGUAACUAAAAGCCUUUUUUUGUUUUCUCAUGCUUUUAUUUUGCAAGAAAUGCUGAUGUCUCUCUCAUCUUAAAAUAAAUGUUUGGUUCAGUA